GUUACAACAUCGCUCUCUGCACUACAAUGACACUUCACUGGACUAUGCAAUAAGGAUUUCCGUCUCUGCAGUGAUUUGUCGCGCCCUGAGGGGACCGUUAUAUUGACCAAAAAAGUUUUAUACCAAAGUUUCAGUCCCAUAUAUUUUUCCAAGAUGCCACGAUCGUUUCUUGUCAAGAAACAUAUUAACUCCUCUAAGAAGCCAAAUUAUAGCGAGCUGGAAAGCCCUACAGGUAAAGCAAAAAAGUUUUCUAAAUCCAUCGCUCAACAGAUGCAUGGAUUACACUGACAUGCAACAAAGUUGUUACACGUUUACAAAUUGACAGCGGUCAGGCUAUUAUCCGGAUACAUAGUUUCAUUGUAUCCGGAUACAUAGUUUAAUUGCAUCUCUAUGUCAAAGUUAUUGCUACUUUGUAACUUUCCAAUCUGUGCUCUUCAAUGAGGAGAUGUUAUUCAGCUCUUUUUUAAAUAAAUAAUACAUGGACAUACAUAGGCCUAUUAUUACUGUGCAGUGAAGUUAUUUUUAAUCACCUAAUGUAUGAUUUUCUUUCUAUUUUCAGUAUUUAUUUCACCGUAUCUCUACAAAGGCCUCCCAUUGCCUGUCAUUCCUCAACCGGAGAUCCUUAGCUCGGUCGCGUACAACCCUAUCACAGUAUGGACUACAAGCAGUUUUCCUUUAUCUCCGCUUCCAAAUGACCUCUCUCCCAUCUCUGGAUACCCCUCAUCGCUCUCUGACACCUCAUCCAAAGACCACAGCGGCUCCGAGAGUCCCAGGAGCGAUGAAGACGAUCGGAUGCUUACCAAACUUACAGAUCCUCAUGGAGCGGAGACAGAGAAAUUCCAAUGUAGUUUGUGUAACAAGUCCUAUUCCACGUAUUCUGGACUGCUAAAGCAUAAGCAACUGCACUGCGACGCUCAGACGAGGAAAUCUUUCAGUUGUAAAUACUGCGAAAAGGAGUACGUCAGUCUUGGAGCCCUAAAAAUGCACAUCAGAACUCACACUUUGCCUUGUGUCUGUAAAAUAUGUGGCAAAGCUUUCUCAAGACCGUGGUUGCUUCAGGGACACAUCAGAACGCACACUGGUGAGUAGCUGUAAAGAUUUGGAGUGCCAUUACUGUACAAUAGUCUACUUGGAAAUACUGAAGAUAGCUGCAUGGUGGGCUAUUUCGUUUUAGGAUAACUUUGUGCAACAGUUUAUGGAAUAUAUAAUUUAUGAUAAGGGGUUUUAACAGUCUUUAUUCAAUGUAUGUAUUAUAUACAUUUUGCAAAGUGCAUUGCAAUGCCUGUGUAAAACAGUUAUGUGUUAUGUGGCAACUUAUGUUAAAGGUGUGGUUUUCAGACUACUUUGAAGUUCCAUGUUGUACAACAUUUUAUGUUCUGGUUUAUACUUUUCACAAAGUAAAAGAUUUAGGCUUUUAUGUCAAGCCAUAUCUCAUGCUUGACAAAAAGUCAGGGAAGAAGGAUUUUGGCUCUAGUAUUUCCUAACCUUUACAGUGCACAAUAAGAGUAACUGUACCAGUCCAUGUGCUAGUUAAGUUAUUACAGUUGAUUAUGGAGUAAAUAGCCCUACAUUAUUAGGCCUAUGUCAGUUUAGUGGAGUGGAUAUUUGUGUCUGUUUGUAUCUCUUAUCCGCCUGUGAAUACUGACACAUUUCUUCCCCUUUGCCCUCUUACAGGAGAAAAGCCAUUCUCCUGCCCCCAUUGCAGUAGGGCUUUUGCGGACAGGUCCAACCUCAGGGCUCACCUACAAACCCAUUCGGAUGUGAAAAAAUACCAAUGCAAGAACUGUUCCAAAACCUUCUCCAGAAUGUCUCUUCUGCACAAGCAUGAGGAAUCUGGUUGUUGUGUAGCACAUUGAGACUGCUGAGCUGGGAUACAGUGCCACCACCAGAGACCUCUGGUACUUUCCAGUCCUCAAGAACUGUUCAGGGGAUAUUACAUACUGA